AGCACCGACCGGGGUAGGGUGUCGUUCGAUUUCUUUGCCAGAGCCCCGCGGUUCUCGCAUCUGCGUAAAACGAAUGACGGAUGAUCGGGCCGAGCGAGCCGAGCCGCGGUACAAAUCUGUGGUAUAGAUCGGUGGAGAAUCUAGUUCGCGGACUUCGUGGUUUAUGCGUAAGAGGAGGGGGUGAGAAGAGACGGCGAGAUCGCGUGAGUAAUACGUGAGCGGGUAUUACACUGCGACAGUCGAAAUGAAGAAAAGAAGAAGCGCGUAAUCGUGUCUGGAUUAAUCGCCGCGGCGCAAUUAUGAAGACCGAAAUGGAGACGGAGUCCGAAUGCGCAGACGAUGUCCUGUGCCCGAAGGCCAACAACAACAAUAACAAUAACAACACCAGUAACAACAACAUCAACAAUGUCGCCGUCGCGAAGAAGAGCGGCGGCGAUAACGGAUACGACGCCAUGGAGAUGGACUGCGGCGGCUGCGGGGAGAGCGUACGCGAGCGCACCGUCCUGUGCGUAGGGGGUCGCACCUGGCACUCGAGAUGCCUAAAGUGUUGCGCCUGUGCGAGGCCCCUGCACGACCAGCACUCCUGCUUCCUGCGCGGCAUGCGGCUCUACUGCAGGCACGAUUACGCCCUAACAUUCGGCGCGAAAUGCGCGAAAUGCGGGCGCAGCGUGGGCGCCGGGGAUUGGGUGAGAAGGGCCAAGGACCGGGUCUACCACUUGGCCUGCUUCGCCUGCGACGCCUGUUCCCGUCAACUCUCCACGGGCGAGCAGUUCGCCCUCCUGGACGCCCGGUUGCUCUGCAAGGCCCACUAUCUGGACGUGGUCGAGGGUAACAAUACCUCCUCGUCGGAGGACUGCGAUUCCGAGCACGGCGGCAAAGGUAGCAAGACGAAGCGAGUGAGGACGACCUUUACCGAGGAGCAGCUCGCGGUUCUGCAGGCCAACUUCCAGAUGGACAGCAAUCCCGACGGGCAGGACCUCGAGAGGAUAGCUCAGGUGACCGGCCUCAGCAAGAGGGUCACGCAGGUUUGGUUCCAGAAUUCGAGAGCGCGACAGAAGAAGCACAGCGGCAAGAUCAAGACGCAGAUGCAUCACUCGCCGCCGAUGCACCAUCACCCGGUCGACCUGUAUUCCGGAGGGAUCAAUGUGGUCGGCGCUUAUCUCGGCGGUUAUCAGGUCAGCAAUGCCGGUAGCGAGAGUCCAGGUAGCCCGUUAACGCCCCUCACACCUUUGACCCCGCUCACACCGACGACGCCGAAUCACUUGCAGGCCCAAUUCUGCCAUCCCGCAGGAUAAUCCGGUGUAAAUGUUUCCGCGAAGCCGUUGAUAUUGACUCUUUGCAAUUUGUGCUUGUGCUUUCAGUUGCCGCAAGAUCAUAUAAUUUACAGGUACAUACAAAAAGUCGUGAUAAGAUUUUGCAAAACCUAAAAAUUAUGUUCAUUUCUUUCUUAUUUUCUAUGCGUAAAAGGAUCAGGUGAGAAGAUGUAUUAUGAGCUGAUUGAUACGCACUAAUUCCAAAUUAUUACCGAAUGCGAAGAAUUAACAAUUAUACAUCACAUACGAAGGAAUUCUUAAAGCAAAUUAAUUUGUGUAUAUAUUCCGAAGAGAAGUGUAAAAUAAGCGCGCGUUUAUCGUUAGUACAAUAUGUAAUGAAAGGUACAAGUUUUUCGUAUUUAAAGUUAGAUUAAGCUUAUUUAUUCUGAACGUGUAACAAUUCACAUUCUAUUUCCGACGGUGAAUAGAAUCUCUUAGACGAUGCGAGACGGAGGUGGGAAAAUGCAACUCCAGAUUGUCGCGUCCGUCUUUCGAAAAACUUCGACGUAGAUAUUCUUUACUCUACCUAUAGUACGAAAUUGUAUAUAGAGCGAAUUGUAGUUUUUGUACAUAUGUCUUCUGUAGGUAAAUAUAAGAAUAUUGUGGAGAGAGAGAG